UGUGCCCGAUCUCACUAGUGAAGCAGCAGGAGCAUCUGCGCGUUUACUGUGAAGCUGCGUUCGGAUUUAUUUUACUUCUAAAAAUUCUUCCUCUCCAAAAAGACAACGAUCAUAACGCUGAAAACGGUUCAGUCCUACAGUGCAGCAGACGACCCUAAUGAUGUCAUCGUAUUACCAUACAGGGAAAGAGAUGGACAUGGCGUCGAUGACAGAACCGCUCUGUUUGGAAAGAGAUGUUUGCAGAGUCAUAGAACUGUUGGACAGGCUGCAAAGAAGUGGUGAGCUACCACCUCCUAAACUCCAGGCUCUGCAGAGAGUACUUCAGAGCAAAUUCUGUGCUGCCAUCAGAGAGGUGUAUGAGCAGCUUUAUGACACAUUGGACAUUGCUGGUGGGCCAGAUGUGCGAGCACAAGCCACUGCCAAGGCCACAGUAGCAGCAUUUGCAGCUAGUGAAGGCCAUGCACACCCAAGAGUGGUGGAACUCCCUAAGACAGAUGAGGGGCUUGGUUUCAACAUCAUGGGGGGAAAAGAACAAAACUCUCCCAUCUACAUCUCCAGGGUCAUCCCAGGGGGUGUUGCUGACAGUCAGGGGGGGCUGAAGAGAGGAGAUCAACUCCUCUCUGUUAAUGGAGUGAGUGUAGAGGGAGAACACCAUGAGAAAGCUGUAGAGCUGCUAAAGGCAGCACAGGGUUCAGUGAAGCUGGUCGUGCGUUACACGCCUAAAGUCCUUGAAGAGAUGGAAGCCAGGUUUGAGAAGAUGAGAAGUGCCAGGAGACACCAGCAACAUACUAGCUACUCGUCUUUGGAGUCCAGGGGUUAACUAAUCUUAACUUUAGACUGGCCUGCUGAUCCGUUCUCCCACCCUUUCUGCUCCCAAUGGAUGACAGAAGACCCAUAGAAGAUCAGUGUAGACUACCCUUAGAUAUGUUAUUUAUAUGUUAGUGGAACAAUCUAAAAAAUGACCACAAAUAUACUAUUUUCCAUAGCCAUGUGCUAGAAGAGACUGAAUAAAGCACCUGUUCUGUCUGAGACUAAUUUUCUAUUUUAUUCUUAUGUGAAACUUGCACCAUGAUAUACUGGGGAGUUUUGUGUUUGUUAGCACAGAAGAGAGCUUUAAAAUGUGCUGGAUAGUGCAAUUAGUACAUGUAUGUAUACAUGCAGGACUGUCUUUUACAGUAGGAUGUUACUAAUGAACUGAAUGUCAUGAUGGUUCCUACUUAGCCCAUUAUUCACCUAUUGAGUCAGUAUUAAAAAAAUGCAUGUGAUGAAUAGUAAAAGCCAUGCAUCCCAUUAUACAAGAGUUCUUGUAUCAUGCGUUCUGCUCUGUGAGAACUACAUCAGGUGUACACAAACACUGUUAUUGCAAAAAGCACCACCUCAUGUCCUGAACAGAUUGCUCUCUAAACACGCCAUUCCCAAAUAGUUUGUAUGAAUAAUACUGUUAUGAAAGUGUGCGAAUGGCUUUGUGCUGUCAUAGUGCCUGUUAUCAAUGCUUUUAUUUGUAAGUUUAUUUAUUUAUACAUUUAUUCAUGCAUUAAAG